CGUGGUGUAUUAAUCCCUUAAUAACUCUUAAGUUAGCUGCUUCAGUUCUAAAAACGCUAAACUAACGUUAAAACCCAGUCGUGUUAACGUGUAAAGCGAUAGUAAUUGUCAUCAUUAUAACGAAGUACAGUUGUGUAUCGUGUGUUUGACAUGAGCCUCAGCAGCCCGGUGGUUUCCCAUGGAGACAGGAGACGCCUGAUCAGAUUUAGCUAACGUUAGCCAGCUAGCUAGCUCCUCACACGUUUACCAGCAGAGAUUGAAGAUGGCUGCAAAUCAGAGAGACAAACUAUCCAAAAGUUUAUUCGAGGAUGACGAUCUGCUCGACAGCUUAUUUGAGGACAAAAAACCCUCUGUAAGGGGGAGAGCAGCUCGUGGUGGACCCCUGACUCGCUCCUCUGCCACUGAGAACAUUUUCAGUAUGCUGGCGGAGGAGGUGAAGAAGGAUGGCGGAGACACCGAGGACCUGGAUGAUAUGGACGCUGAACUUUUUGCAUCAAUAAAGAAGCCGAGUUCAGCUCCUGCACAAACAAAACCGUUUGGUACUAAGGUGCCAAAGAACGACUCCACUGCAUUAGAACAUAAUGGAAACUCUGAUGAGCCCGUGAAAAAGCCAAACUCUGCACCUGCUGCAUCGACUCGGAACUACAGGAAGUUCAGCUUCUCUGAGGAUGAUGACCCCCUGGACGAUCUGCUUGAUGACUUACUUCCAGAUGAAACUAAGCCCGAAGCUAAAGCCAGCGUGCAGCCGCCCAAACCUGAGCAGUCACUGCAAUCUCUUUCAGCAUCUCCCAACUUUCAGAAUAGAACAUCUAAAGCAGCAAAGACACCAGCUAAUGCCACAGUGGAGGAUGAUAAGGAUGACCUGAUGGAUGCACUUGGGUUUGACAGUGAUCAAAACAAUCCCAGGAAGAAAGAGACAUCGCUUUGGCCCAACAAGGAAAGGAGUGAGCCCCCCCAGAGAGCUCGCACUCGACUGGACGAGAUCCUGGAGAGUUUGCCUUCACCUCGUCUGCUGGAGCGACCGCCCACGGGUGAGAGGAAGGAGCAGCCUCUGUCCCGAGAGAAGACCACCGGUGUCGAAGAACAGCGUUUAGAAGAGGAUCUGACAUUUGGGUCCUAUCAGCCCACUUUGGGAUCCGUGCCUGAAGGACGUCAGUCCCGCAGACCGUCAGUCAGAUUUUCCACAGAGGAUGUCAGUGUCUCUACCACAGACAAGAAACCCAAACCCACCACCCCCACCUCAGCUCUUCACCGCAACUCAGCCGACUGGUUAGGCCUCACAACAAAAGACGAUAACACAUUUCUAGAGGAAGAGACUAAGACUUCAACAGAGUCACCAAAUGCUCCUUCCUCUCCCUUACUGGAGAGAAAGCCCUCCCUGACUGGUGGUCAGGCCACAUCUACUGCUAGAACAGCAUCAGAGAGCCCAGCCCCAGCAAAACAAACCAAGCCCAAGGUUUCUACGACCCAGAAGAAAGAAGAGGAGGAGGACGACUGGUUAGCAGGAGUUCUGAGCAGGAAGAAGACUGUGUCAGCUUCAAACCCAGAGUCAAAAAAGUACAAGCAGGAAGAUUUUUCUGAUGAGGGAGAAGAAUUUGAUCUGGAGUCAUUAGUUAGUAAACCAGUCACUUCACGGGCUCCCAGGGGCAGAGAGGACAGUGUUGCUUCUGUCAAAGAAACUAGCCCUGCUGCCCACACCACCCCUGUCAGAGAGCAGACGGCCGAGCAAGCAGUUCCACAACAAAACCAAAUGCCAAACACCUCAACUUCGGUCCAGCAACAGGUGACAAUUUCAGCAGACAAUCUGCAGCAGAUACUCCAACAACAACAGAUGAUGCAGUCUCAGUUGCUGAGCUUUGGGGGGGUCGUGGAUGCAGGGGUGCAGCAGAGACUCGUAGACAAAGAGCAUCAACCUGGAGGUUAUUCAGCUCUGCAGCUUCGCAUCAUCCAGCUGGAGGGACAGGUGAAGACCCUGCAGCUAGAGCGAGACCAGAGCCAAAUGACGCUAGAGAGUGUCCAGCAACAGCAUAACCAGGAUAUGGAGCUCAUAGAGAACACACACAAGGCUCGUGUGAAGCUGCUCGAGGAAUCGGCUGCCCAGAGGGAGAUGCGAGCACGGCAGGACUAUGAAGACCUAACAGAACGCCUGGCCACGGUAACACGAACCGCUGAGCAGGAGCGCUCAGAGCUGCAGGCCCUGUACCAGCGCAAGCAGGCCCAGGCCCAGCAGGAGAGAGACCGCGAGGUGGAGAGAAUCAGAGACCUCCAGAGGAAAUCUGUCUCUGAGAUGAAGAAAGACCACGAGGACCAGGUGCAGAGACUGAAGAGGUUGAAAGAUGAGGAGAUUGAUGCGGUCACAAGUGCAACAUCUCAGACCAGGUCUCUCACAGUGGUGAUCGAGCAGAUGGAGCAGUUCUCCUCUCGGCUGGGAGAGCUUUCUUCUCGGGUGGAGAGCACACAUGAACACACGGCACACGGCCUGGAGCAGGGGGAACGCCACAGAGACGAGCAGCGUCGAAUUAUGCAGGACCGGUUGGCUCAGCAGCAGAAAGCCAUGGCAGACGAGAGAACUUACCUGAAGGAAAUCAUUUCCCGGAUGGACACUCAGCUCAAUGAGCAGCAGAGACAGCUGGAAAAGGAACGCUGGAAGGUGACAGGAGAGCAGGCCAAGGCAGAGUCUACACAAAGAGGCCUGGAAGAAGAACGGCGCUCCCUUACCAUGCAGAUGAACAUGGAGAGAGAGGAGCUGGAAAGAGCCAAGAGCGCAUUACUGGAGGAGCAAAAGUCAGUGAUGCAGCACUGUGCCGAGGAGAGGAGGAAGCUGGCAACUGAGUGGACCCACUUCCACGCCCACGAGAAGCAGAGGCACGACCGGGCUGAGCGAGAGGUCGGCAGCCUCUUGGAGAAGAGGGAGGGCUCCAUCCUCGGCCUGGCACAGGAACAAGCCAACCUGAAGCUCCUGACUGCAGAUGUGAGACAGAAGGAGAUGGCCGUGGCACAGGAGCGAGACACUUUGGAAAGACUGAGAGAAGAACUCGACAGAGAGAAAGACAAAAUAAGCAGCACGGGCCUCAGACUCAAAUCACGAGCCCAGGAGGUGGAGGCCUUCAGCAAACUCGCUGCAGAAAGGUAUGAGGAAGGAGAACGAGCACUUCAGGAGGCUCAACGUGUGGAGGCCGAGCACGGUGCAAGGUUAAGACACAUCCAAACCCAAACAGAGCGGCUGAGGCAGCAAGAACAACGAAUCCUUCAGGAGAGAAUGAGACUGAAUCUGGUACAGAAGAAGACAGAGAGACAAGAGGAGGAGCCUCACAUCACUUCACUACAAAUGAUUCCGACCAUUUUACCAGAUUCAUUGAUGCCAAACCCAGAGCUAUCGUCAACCCUGAGCACCCCCCCUCUCACUUCAAAUUCCCAUACUCAGCCAAUGAUGCUUCAGGCCAGUCUUGCUCUGUGGAAGUACACAGCAGAAAAGGACCGAGAAUACCUCCAUGAGGAGAACCUCUUUCUUGAGAAUUUGAAGAAGAACCGAUCACCCGUCAACUCAGAUUGGCCGAUGCGUACUGGGCACCUCCAAUAGGAUCAUUGUUACUCGUAAUUUUGCUUGAAUGAACACAAUACUUGAAUUUUAUACAUUUUAGUUUUUAUUAAACAGUUUUUAAAACAA